AUGACCGUCACCCAAAAGUACGAGCAUCAGGUGAUCCCGGUGGGCACCGUCGUGCAGACGAUCCUCGGCGAUCCGCUCAAGAUCACCAGCGUGCUGCACUUUGGCGAGUUUGGCGAUGUCUACGAGGCCGAGGAGCCGGUGGAGAAGACGCGGAUGUGCCUGCGCACCGAGCACAUCAACUGCCCCAAGGCGUUCAGAUCGCUCGAUUGCUUCAUCCGCUUGGCGCAACGAUACCCGCUGGCCGACCGUCGCUACAGUCGCCACCUUAUCAACGUGACGAAGCAGACGGGCGACUUUGGCGAGCUGAAUGAGCUCCGUUUCCACACCUGCGAGCUGCUCGGCCCCAAUCUCGACGACCUCCGCCAGCUUCAUCUGCAGCGCAAUUUCACUCACCAGAUGGCCUUCUACAUGUGCGACCAGAUUCUGCGCGCCCUCUCCGAGCUGCACCGCCUCGGCUACGUGCAUCGCCGUGUCUCGCCGAAGUCGUUCUGCGUGGGCAGCCACGUGCACGAGUCGCUGGUGUUCGUCGUGGGCUACUCGCAUCUGCACUACGUCAAGAAGGGCAACAGGGAGCAUAAAGUCUACAAGGACGACUACAAAUCGUCGAUCCGCGGCUCGAAGGUGUUCCAGAGUGUGGCCGCCCAGCGGGAGAAGACCGUCUACUUUCGCGACGACCUCGAAUCUCUGUUGUUCACCUUCAUCGACGUGUUCAAGAUGGGCGCGGUGCCGUGGAAGAGCAAGGAGCCGGCGAAAAUGCUCGACGACAAGGUCAAGAUGCGGCAGGGAAAAUUCAAGAACUUCGACAAGUUGCUGCCGCCCGACUUUGAGCAGCUGUUCCGCAUCCUCCGUACUUUUGAUGAGACCGAUCGGCCGGAAUGUGUGCUUCUGCACGAGAUCAUCGACAAGUGCGCCAGGCGCUACGAGAUCAACAUUGGAGCCGUGGCCCCGGAUUUCCUGGGCAAAAUCUUGCCGAAUUUUGUUCUCAACCGCCCGCCCAAGGAGGAGGUUAAGAAAAAAGAACUCACCGAAGACCCGGACAGCGACCGCGACGAGUUCGAGGCGUGCGUGAAGGCGCGCGUCGAGAACAAGAUGACCACUGGGGACGAGACGAAGGGCGACACGAGCUGCUCGAUCGGCCGCUUCAAGGGAGAUGAGCCGCCGGAUGAGGCGGCGGAGAAGACGGCCAAGAGGCUCAAGCGGGGAAAGAAGCCGAAGCACAACGAGGACUACCGCGUCGGCCGCGACAUCUUCAUCGUC